GAGAGCCAGGAGAGAGAGAGAGGUUGGGGAAGAGAGGGAGGAAGGAAGGGGUAAGGAGGAGAGACCGCGGUUCGCCGCGAGCCCCAAGGGGAGAGCUGGGAGUCCGAGCCGGAGCUGGAACCCCAGCCGGAGCGGGGCUCUGGGAGGUGGCCGCCGGGGACCCGUUAGCUCUGCACGAUGAGUCUCCGGCUCUUCUGCAUCCUGCUCGUGGCUGUAUCAGGAGCCCGAGGCUGGGGCUACUACGGCUGCGACGAGGAGUUGGUGGGGCCCCUAUACGCGCGUUCGCUGGGCGCCUCCUCCUACUAUGGGCUCUUCACCGCGCCGCGCUUCGCCAGGCUGCAUGGUAUAAGCGGAUGGUCGCCCCGGAUCGGGGACCCAAAUCCCUGGCUCCAGAUAGACCUAAUGAAGAAGCACCGAAUCCGGGCCGUAGCCACGCAGGGAUCCUUUAACUCGUGGGACUGGGUCACACACUACAUGCUGCUCUACGGAGAUCGUGUGGACAGCUGGACGCCGUUCUACCAGCAAGGGCACAACGCGACCUUCUUCGGUAACGUGAACGAGUCAGCGGUAGUGCGCCACGACCUGCACUACCACUUCACCGCGCGCUACGUCCGCAUCGUGCCUCUGGCCUGGAACCCGCGCGGCAAGAUCGGCCUAAGGCUCGGUCUCUACGGCUGCCCUUACAAGUCCGACGUGCUGUAUUUCGACGGCGACGACGCCGUCUCGUACCGCUUCCCGCGAGGGGUCAGCCGGAGCCUGUGGGAUGUGUUCGCCUUCAGCUUCAAAACUGAGGAGAAGGACGGGCUCCUGCUGCACACCGAGGGCGCUCAGGGCGACUACGUGACGCUCGAACUACAGGGGGCGCACUUGCUGCUGCACAUGAGCCUGGGCAGCAGCCCCAUCCAGCCGAGGCCGGGUCACACGACGGUGAGCGCGGGGGGCGUCCUUAAUGAUCAGCACUGGCACUACGUGCGUGUAGACCGAUUUGGCCGUUACGCGAAUCUCACCUUGGAUGGCUACGUGCAGCGCUUCGUGCUCAACGGCGACUUCGAGAGGCUGAACCUUGAUACCGAGAUAUUCAUCGGGGGUCUGGUGGGCGCCGCGCAGAAGAACCUCGCCUAUCGGCAUAAUUUCCGGGGCUGCAUAGAGAACAUAAUCUUCAACCGAGUCAACAUCGCGGACCUGGCCGUGCGACGCCACUCGCGGAUCACUUUCGAGGGUAAGGUGGCCUUCCGUUGCCUGGACCCGGUUCCGCACCCCAUCAACUUCGGAGGCCCUCACAACUUCGUGCAAGUGCCUGGCUUCCCGCGCCGUGGUCGCCUCGCUGUUUCCUUUCGCUUCCGCACCUGGGAUCUCACCGGGCUGCUCCUCUUCUCCAGCCUGGGGGACGGGCUGGGCCACGUGGAGCUGAUGCUCAGUGAAGGGCAGGUCAACGUGUCCAUCGCGCAGACCGGCCGCAAGAAGCUUCAGUUUGCCGCAGGAUACCGUCUAAAUGACGGCUUUUGGCACGAGGUCAAUUUUGUGGCACAGGAAAACCAUGCAGUCAUCAGCAUUGAUGAUGUGGAGGGGGCAGAGGUCAGGGUCUCAUACCCAUUGCUGAUCCGUACAGGGACCUCAUACUUCUUUGGGGGUUGUCCCAAGCCAGCCAGUCGAUUGGGCUGCCACUCCAACCAGACGGCAUUCCAUGGCUGCAUGGAGCUGCUCAAGGUGGAUGGUCAACUGGUCAACCUGACUCUGGUGGAGGGCCGGCGGCUUGGAUACUAUGCUGAGGUCCUCUUUGACACUUGUGGCAUCACUGAUAGGUGCAACCCUAAUAUGUGUGAGCAUGAUGGACGCUGCUACCAGUCUUGGGAUGACUUCAUCUGCUAUUGUGAAUUGACCGGCUACAAGGGGGAGACCUGCCACCAACCUUUGUAUAAGGAAUCUUGUGAGGCUUACCGGCUCAGUGGGAAAACUUCUGGAAAUUUUACCAUUGAUCCAGAUGGCAGUGGCCCCUUGAAGCCAUUUGUAGUGUAUUGUGAUAUCCGAGAGAACCGGGCAUGGACAGUUGUGCGGCAUGACAGGCUGUGGACAACCCGGGUGACAGGUUCCAGCAUGGAGCGGCCAUUCCUGGGGGCCAUCCAGUACUGGAAUGCCUCCUGGGAGGAAGUCAGUGCCCUGGCCAACGGUUCCCAGCACUGUGAACAGUGGAUAGAGUUCUCCUGCUACAACUCUCGGCUGCUCAACACUGCAGGAGGCUACCCCUACAGCUUUUGGAUUGGCAGAAAUGAGGAGCAACACUUCUACUGGGGCGGCUCGCAGCCUGGGAUCCAGCGCUGUGCGUGUGGUCUGGACCGGAGCUGUGUAGACCCUGCCCUGCACUGCAACUGUGAUGCCGACCAGCCCCAGUGGAGAACCGACAGGGGACUGCUGACCUUUGUGGACCAUCUGCCUGUCACCCAGGUGGUUGUUGGGGAUACAAACCGCUCCAAUUCUGAGGCCCAGUUCUUCCUGAGGCCUCUGCGCUGCUACGGCGAUCGAAACUCCUGGAACACCAUCUCCUUCCACACUGGGGCUGCACUACGCUUCCCCCCAAUCCGGGCCAACCACAGCCUUGAUGUCUCCUUCUACUUCAGGACCUCGGCUCCCUCAGGAGUCUUCCUAGAGAAUAUGGGGGGUCCUUUCUGCCAGUGGCGCCGACCCUAUCUGCGGGUGGAACUUAACACAUCCCGGGAUGUGGUCUUUGCCUUCGAUGUGGGGAAUGGGGAUGAGAACCUGACAGUGCACUCAGAGGACUUCGAGUUCAACGAUGAUGAGUGGCACCUGGUCCGGGCUGAAAUCAAUGUGAAGCAGGCCCGGCUGCGCGUGGAUCACCGGCCCUGGGUGCUGCGGCCUAUGCCCCUGCAGACCUACAUCUGGCUGGAGUAUGACCAGCCUCUCUAUGUUGGAUCUGCAGAGCUUAAGAGGCGCCCCUUUGUGGGUUGCUUGAGGGCCAUGCGUCUGAAUGGAGUGACUCUGAACCUGGAGGGCCGUGCCAAUGCCUCUGAGGGUACCUUCCCCAACUGCACAGGCCACUGCAUCCACCCCCGCUUCCCCUGUUUCCAUGGGGGCCGCUGCGUGGAGCGCUAUAGCUACUACACAUGUGACUGUGACCUCACGGCUUUUGAUGGGCCAUACUGCAACCAUGAUAUUGGCGGCUUCUUUGAGCCUGGUACCUGGAUGCGCUACAACUUGCAGUCAGCACUCCGCUCUGCAGCCCGGGAGUUCUCCCACAUGCUGAGCCGGCCGGUGCCAGGCUAUGAGCCCGGCUAUAUCCCCGGCUAUGACACUCCUGGCUACGUGCCUGGCUACCAUGGCCCUGGAUACCGCCUGCCCGACUACCCCCAGCCUGGCCGGCCUGUGCCCGGCUACCGUGGGCCUGUCUACAAUGUUACCGGAGAGGAGGUCUCCUUCAGCUUCAGCACCAACUCUGCCCCCGCUGUCCUGCUCUACGUCAGCUCCUUUGUGCGUGACUACAUGGCCGUGCUCAUUAAGGAAGACGGGACCCUGCAGCUGCGCUACCAGCUGGGCACCAGUCCCUACGUGUACCAGCUAACCACACGGCCAGUCACUGACGGCCAGCCCCACAGCAUCAAUAUCACCCGGGUCUACCGCAACCUCUUCAUUCAGGUGGACUACUUCCCACUGACAGAGCAGAAGUUCUCACUCUUGGUGGACAGUCAGUUGGACUCACCCAAGGCCUUGUAUCUAGGGCGUGUUAUGGAAACGGGAGUAAUUGACCCGGAGAUCCAGCGCUACAACACACCAGGUUUCUCAGGCUGCCUGUCUGGUGUUCGAUUCAACAAUGUGGCUCCCCUGAAGACCCACUUUCGAACCCCUCGCCCCCUGACUGCUGAGCUUGCUGAGGCCCUACGAGUUCAGGGAGACCUGUCAGAAUCUAAUUGCGGAGCCAUGCCACGUCUCUUCUCAGAGGUGCCACCUGAGCUUGACCCCUGGUACCUGCCCCCAGACUUCCCAUACUACCACGAUGAUGGAUGGGUUGCCAUACUUUUAGGCUUUUUGGUUGCCUUCCUGCUGCUGGGGCUUGUGGGAAUGUUGGUGCUCUUCUAUCUACAACAUCAUCGCUACAAGGGCUCCUACCACACCAAUGAGCCUAAGGCCACUCAUGAUUACCAUCCUGGAAGCAAACCUCCUCUACCUACUUCAGGCUCUACCCAGGCCCCAGCCCCUGCACCAGCUCCCACCCAAAAUCCCGUCGCAGCCCCAGCCCCAGCCCCAGCCCCUGGUCCCCGGGACCAGAACCUACCCCAGAUCCUGGAGGAGUCCAGAUCUGAAUGAAUCCAGAAAAGGGUUUCAGGGACCAAGUCCAUCUCCCCUGAAUUCCCCCAAUUCCUGUCUCCACCCCACCUCAUCAGGGACAUUUGGCUCCUCUUAGUUGGCUCUGCCCAUCCAGACAAUACCCCUCCUGCCAAGUUUGGUCAGCAGAGCUACAGAUGGGACCACAGGGAGUGGCUGAGCCUCACUGCCUAAACUAAUGUCCUUCCCAUCCCUGUUUCUCCAGGGGCAGCCCCAUGGGGGUGGGAAAGGCCCUUUCUGCCAUCCCUGUCCCAGCUGUUGCCAGGGAUUAACAACAGUGUAGGGGAGAUUAACUGCUUCCCUUCAAAUGUACAAUCUCAGCAGGGACAGAUGUGUGGAAAUGCAGGGAUGCCCAGGGUAUGGGGGGAGGAGGCUGCUAAAUCAUACCCCCAGUCUCCCCCCAGCCCUGCAGAAUGUCUUCCAUCUGCUUCCACUCAGCUGGGUAUUAGGGAGGGCUUCAUCACUGUCCCCCACCCUGUUUUUGUUUUUUAGAGACCAAGAGGCCUCAGUUUAGCACCUUAGUACCUCCGCUGCUUCACAUGCUUUAGCCAAAGCCAUAAACAAAAACUUGCAAUGUAGAGAAAAUAAUGCAGAUACCCUGACUAGUCAGUCUUCUACUCUUCCACCCUCUUCCAAGAUACGCAAUAGCCUUGGUGCCUGUCCAAAGGCUUGGCCCCCUCUCCAAUGCAUGAGGAGCCCUCUUUCCUCCGCUCAGAAAUGCUGCUUCAUUUGCCCAGGAGGUCAUAUUCUUUAUAUAUAUUUAUUGUUGCAAAGUCUCUGAGAAACUCUAUAUAUUACUCUAAUUUUUUUUAUUAUCAGUUUAUAUAUAAAAGAGAAAAUCAAUUGACUGUCCUGUCCUAUGCUGUGCAUCUACUGUGUUGGAAGUCUCAUGAGUUCUGCUGGCCACUCACCCAGCCUGAUCCAGACCUCCACUCUGAAGCAGGGCUCAUCCUGCUGUGCUCAGACCUGGAGCUGUUCCAAUAAAGGCAGAGUGAUAGAGCCCCA